AUGAGAUUUGAAUACGCUCCAGAUGAAAUCCCUCAGAGAAUCGUUGCGGUGUUAAAGCGGUUUUGCUUGCAUUCGAGCUCGGAUGACCAUCAAAAAGAGGUCGGAAGGGUGUUCGAGUCCGUGCCGGAGAAGCUGAAGGUCAAUAUCACGGCAAACCAUCCGAUUACCAUGAUAUUACCUGCAUUUCCAUGGAAGAAUCCCAAUAAAGACAAAGUAUUAGGAGAUGGGGCUGACCUAGGUGAAGGAAUGGGUCUGGCGAAGUUGAAUCAUCUGUGUGAGGAGAUCUCAAAAAUUUACCCUUACGGCGCGCGACUGAUCCUCAUUUGUGAUGGACCGGUGUAUAAUGAUUUGGUCGGCGUGCCCGAUGACGAAUAUUACGACUACGGCAUGGAGCUGCGCCAAAUGGCCCAAGAGAAACAUUUCUCUUCAAUUCAGUUCAUUAGAUUGAUGGAUCUGUUGGGACUGGGAGAUGGCGAGAACGUCUCCAAACAAGAAUACCUGCGCCUUGUCUCCACCUGUAGGGAGAAAUUGAUGUCAUCCACAUACUUCGAUCCAAGAUUUGAUAUUGAGCAUGAGCUGGAGACAAAUCCAGAUACCAAGACAACAUACGAGAGUUAUUUCAGUCGCAUUUCAGAAGAUCUCAAAUGGGCCAAGGGGUUUGACCCUGUUGUCGCGGCUGACCCGGCGCUCUACGCGGCCGAGGUAUCUGGGAUGGCCAAAACAAUGAUCAACCGGCUCAUCGCAUACGAAGCUGUGAUUGAUGCCACGCUCGGGAAAUAUAUCCGUCUCUCGAUUCAUCCCUCGUUAGGGCGAAACAAGAUUUCCAUUCCCCUACUGCGGCAAGGUGACCUAUUUGGUGACAUGCCGUGGCAUGCAAGUAUAGUGGUGCUUUCAAACGGGGAGAUCAAGACGGGAAAGUCUCGAGAUUUUCGCGAAUUGUACGAGGUAGUGAUGAGGCAUGACAGGCCUUAUUAUUUCAGAGAGCCGAGUCCCAUAUAUGAAUGGGAGGCAGAGGUGGAAUUCCAGCAUGACUAUGAGGGGCUGAUUGUGAGAAACCCUUUAAAGCAGGCUCAGAUUCUUUGUAGAGAUGACCGCUUGAGACUGGCUCGCCUGAUUGUGCAAUAUCGGGAUAAGUCAGUUCGGGUGGAGGGAUUCGAGGUGCCGAAUGACACAUAA